AUGAGGAAGUACACUGCACCGCCGCAACCUCCCAGCUCGAAGCCGGAACGCGGCCAGGCUUCCCUGCCUACUCGGCCGAGUACUAAACUGCGUUCUCCCAACCCGAAGAAGACGGAAAGCGGCCCAGCUUUCAAACUUCCUGGGUCGGGUUCUCAACCACGUGCUCGCAACCCGAAGAAGGCGGAACCCGACCCGGCUUCUUCCAAGUCCCUUAGGAUAGACUCCAAGCCGCAUACCAAACCAGGUCCUCCUCACCCGAAGCAGCCGGAACCCGACUCGCGAAACCUGUGGGAAAGUCCUACUUCCACGCUCACGGUCACGAUCGAUUGGCGCGACCGCAACCCCGGGGACGACGAGAAGCUAAAAGUGGAGAAAAUAUUCAAGAAGAAGAUGGAAAGGCUAGGAAUCAGAGAAGGGCAUAUCAAUGCCACCGCUUCGGGCCUUAACUCAAAACUCGUAGACAACAAAUGGGCAAAGAACAAGUGGACAUUAAGAUUCAGCCAGAAAAUUGGUAGGACACUCUGGCUCAGCGAGAUGACGAUAGUCUUCUCUCACCAACCUUGCUAUAACGACGUCAUCGACGUCUACAUCCCGCUUGAUCCUGGCGAAGGGGGACUGCAAGAUUGUGCGGGCUUGCCGGGGUUUACUUAA